AUGUCGUCGUCAAUUGCGCCAUCCCUCGCCGUGGCCGACCUGUUUGCCGUUGACGGCCUCGUUGCCGUCGUGACGGGCGGUGCAACCGGCAUCGGACUGAUGAUGGUCAAGGCCCUCGAGGAGAAUGGCGCCAAGGUCUACAUCAUCGGGCGCCGCAAGGAAGUGAUCGAGAGGGUGGCCAAGGAGGAAGCAAAACACGGCAACAUCAUCCCGCUGCAGGGCGACGCCAGCUCCAAGGCCGACCUCGAGCGCAUCGCCGCGCACAUUGCUCGGGAGACGGGCUACGUCAACCUGUUUGUGGCCAACGCAGGCAUCCCGGGGCCGACGCCCAUCCGGCUGUCGCCGCCGCGGCCGCUGGCCGAGCUGCAGGCGGACCUGUGGAACGUCGACCAGGCCGCCUUCAACCAGACCUUCAGCAACAACGUCGGCGCCGUCUACUUUGGCAUGGCCGCCUUUUUGCCUCUGCUCAACGCCGGCAACGAGCGCGGCAACCUCGCCCAGUCCAGCCAGAUGGUCGUGCUCAGCUCCAUCGGCGCCUUUGGCCGCGUGCCCUUGGCGCACUAUGCCUACUCGGCCAGCAAGGCCGCCGUGCUGCACAUGGCCAAGCAGCUGGCCACGGCCCUGACCGGCUACAAGAUCCGGUUCAACGUGAUUGCCCCGGGCUUGUACCCCUCCGAGAUGACGGCCGGCGUGGUCGCGGCCACGGAGCAGCUGGCGCCCGACUCGCCCGACUACGCCACAAAGGUGUCGCCGCUGGGGAGGCCCGGCAACACCGAGGACAUGGCCGGCUGCAUCCUGUGGCUCGCGUCCCGCGCCGGCGCCUGGCUGUCGGGGCUCGUUCUCGUGACCGACGGCGGCAAGCUGGGCGUCGUACCGGCGUCGUAUUAG